GCGAGCCGCGAGCCGCCUGCCCCGCCCUCGCGGCGAAGGUGGCUGCCGAAGUGGGCGGGGAGGUCAGGUGACCCUGCCGGCGUCCCAAGAUGGCGACGGCGGUGGCGCCCAGGAGGCCAAGGCAGCGCCCGGGCUGUUGAGGUGACUCCGCGGGGCAAGCUACGGGUCGCCCGGACUGAAGGGCGGCGGCGGACGCACGGCCGCCUCGCGUGCGCAGCCGGGGCUGGGCGGUGCCGCAGCGGCACCGGGGGAUGCUGGUGCUGGGCCCGGCCUCUAACUCCUCAACUUAGGGCGGCGGCGGGCCCGCACCCCUGGUUCCCGGGCCAUGGCGCUGAGGGAACUCAAAGUGUGCCUGUUGGGGGAUACGGGUGUGGGUAAAUCGAGCAUAGUAUGGCGGUUCGUGGAGGACAGUUUUGAUCCGAAUAUCAAUCCAACCAUAGGGGCAUCCUUUAUGACCAAGACUGUCCAGUACCAAAAUGAGCUACAUAAAUUCCUAAUCUGGGAUACAGCAGGACAAGAACGAUUCCGUGCCUUGGCACCGAUGUACUAUCGAGGCUCAGCGGCAGCCAUCAUCGUCUAUGAUAUCACAAAAGAAGAGACGUUUUCAACCUUGAAGAACUGGGUGAGAGAGCUCCGCCAGCAUGGUCCCCCUAGCAUUGUUGUUGCCAUUGCAGGGAACAAAUGCGAUCUUAGCGAUGUCAGAGAAGUCAUGGAGAGAGAUGCGAAGGACUAUGCCGACUCCAUUCAUGCCAUCUUUGUAGAGACCAGCGCAAAGAAUGCAAUAAACAUAAAUGAACUCUUUAUAGAAAUUAGCCGAAGAAUUCCAUCCACGGAUGCCAACCCGCCGUCUGGCGGCAAGGGCUUCAAACUCCGAAGACAGCCGUCAGAGCCAAAGCGAAGCUGCUGCUGAUGACCCAGGCCCCACACUGAUGAAGAAGCAGGUGGUCCUGGACGGUGCAGGAGGACCAGUCCCUGCCAUUGGCAGCCGCCUCGUGCCCUGGAGUCUUCUUCAUGCAAAAAGGACUCAGAGGAACUGGCUGUUGGGUUCUCUUGGAAAACUGCAGCAGGUGUUUCCAUCUGCAGACUUCUGGUGCGGACUCUGGCUUACAAAGGGACCAUAUCCUUGGCUAUUGACCUAGCUGAAAGGAACAUCUGAUAUAUGGAUGGUAGGAUUGAAUUGCUGGUGCUUUUGUAAUCAGGAUGUCAUGUAUCAUUUGUAAAGGGAAGUGAGCACUUUCAUGGAUCUUAAGGGAAAAGGCUGCAGAGAUGGUCAUCUCCUUGAUCCUUGUCUCUAGUGUCAGAGUUGUGUCAUUUAAGAUAUAGAAAGUGAUCACAGUGGAGGGACAGUUGUUCCUGGGACAGUCUCCACCAUCUCUAAUGCACUUUCCUACACAGUAAAUUAACACGCAACUGUGGCAGCAGCAGCCUGACUCACCUUGGGUUUACUUCUGACCCUGUUUAUGUCACCACGUAUUAGUUUUAUCAUUACCUUUCUAAAUAAGUUCCCGUGGCCCAGGGGAUGGUGUAGAGACACUCCUUGGAGCCAGUUGAGUUACAUGUGUCUACACUGGUGAACAGUGGUUUAAAAGGAAGAGAGAAAGAACAAAGGAAAUGGUUUUUUGGUUUUUGGCCCAGGUAUUUUGAUGGGGAAAAAAAAAUGUGUGCUGCCUAGCAAAUGUAUAUUUGUAGUCUAUAUUUAUGAGACCGUUGCUUUAAAAUUAUAAAUUAUGUAAAUACAUUAAUAACUUCUGAAUUCUGUUCAGUACUCCAUUUAGUCCUGUACCCCGUCUCACGUGUGCCCCCCCCCGCCACCCCCCAUUUUUCAGCCGGUCCACAGAAAAUUUUGAAGCACAUUCACCUUGUGCAGAAGCAUAGAGCACUUAGCUCACAGCUUCCUUCCUCCUCCCGCGCCCCUCUGCAUCCCAUCUGGAAAUGGUAAUAAAGACAUAUGCCUCCUUGACAAGCCUGACCAGUCCUUCGUAGCCUGGGGCGAGUGAGAGCCCAGCACCGGUCACUCACCUGGCUUUGACAGUAGUAAGCUCAGACCAACUGUGUUCAGAGUGCUUUGCUUGUUAACAGCCGGCUCACCUCAUCCUCCUUUAUUUUCUCUUGCCUCUGUUAGUGCUUUGCACUCUUUUCCCUCAGGAACCUAAUGAGGUUCUUAAUAUAAUCUAAAAAUAAAGCCCCCAAGUGAAACUGCUGGAAAUUUGUUCCUGGCCUGAUUUGGCGCCCUUCCAGCCCGAGUAUUGUAAGGGAAGGAAAUUUACAAGAUUAAAUAGGAAAUGAAACAGCUUGAAUUUCAAACCAAAUGUGUUUUCAGAGCUGUCCUUAACUGAACAGUCAAAACUUUUCAAAACAAUUGUUACUACUUUGUGCCACUCCCCUAUAUGCUUAAAAUGGAGAGGUGUUAACAGAGGGUGACCCAGGUGACCCAGACUGAGCGAGGCCAUGUAAGCAUCAGUUGUUCACCCUCACUGAGGUCAGGCUUCCAGCACCUUGUGUACUGAGCCUCCUGCACAGUGUCCAGUUCACACGCAUGUAGAGAAAACCCUGUGAUUUCCCGAGACUGGCUCCUUCCACCUGUGGUGGCUUGAUAGGACUUGACGUACACCUGCAGGAAGGUAUGUCUCCAACAGUCCCAUGCCAAACCUCCAUCUCCAGGACACAAAACAAAGCUGCUUGGCUCAUGUGGACAGGGCUGCCCAUGUGAGACCCUUUCUGACUUGUUUCACCUAAAGAUGGUAUAAAUUUAUGAUCUGAACAGCCUAGUAAAUUCUGGAAGUCGUGGCACAUCCAGUGGCUGCUCUCCUCUGUGGCACGUGGUAGCUUCUCUCACUAAUUCCCUCUCGUGCCACAUGUAGGGAGUGACUCUGGCCACGGCUGCAUGUCUUACCAACAGGAUGAGCAGCAUGAACCCUCUGUUCGUGUCUUUCUUGCCCUCUGUCACCAGUCUGUCCAAGAAGGGGGCUGCCCUGCUUGUGGUGUCCUGUACUGCUUAAUGACAGACAGCAGGUUCAAGCUCGGUGAACACAGGGAGGUCUCCAUUGACUGUCUUAGGAAGUGCGCAGUAAAAUGUAGUCAGACUUAGUGCUUUAUUUUGACCACAUUUUAGAUUAAAUAGGAAUCUAAUACAUAUUUCUUAUUUUCCUGGGCUUUUUUCUUAAGAGAAAUAGCCAGACUCCAAGGGCAUUAAGACAUAGCCCCUCCAUAAAAAUCUAGUUCCCUAUGAUGCAGGGCCAGUUUUAAAAAUUUUGAAGACUGGCCAGAAAGGGAAAGAUCUUGAAUUAACUGCCAGUGUGUAUUGAUUUCUUUCAGAGAAAUUGACAUCAGCUCCUUGCAGGUGUCCAGUCCUAGCAACCACUGGUCUCUCCUUCUCUUCUUUUACAUAAGUGUUUUUCUGAUUCUGUGAUAACUAAUUAGCUAUCAUUUGAUGAUUAAAAGAACAUAAAGUGAGAGUCUGAUUAAGUGUCCUUCAGUGUAAACGCUGUGAGAAGUGAUUGGAGAGAAAUACCUACUGCAAGCCCUUCUGGUUCCCAGUGAAGCGCCAUCGCCUGCUUGUCAGCUGCACCCAAGACAAGCACUGUGCACGGCAACCGAAAGAUUUAUUGUAAAUUAACCUGGGUCCUUGUUCCCGUUUAUGAUGAUGUUUGAAGUACCCGCCUCCUCUCAUUGUGCUCCCAUUCCUUGGACGCCUACCCAGGUCAAAGGACCGAAAUUUUCUUAUGAGAGUCAUUGCUACUUGAAGAGGCCAGUGUUCUUGUUGAGAUUAGCUGUCCUCUGGAUUUUUAAAUAUGACAGGGGAGUGGGGGUGGCCCACAUUUAAUUUUAGAACUUCUCUGUAAGUCUUAACAUUUGUUCCUUGUCUCCAGGAGGAAAGUGGGUAUGGGGGCUUUCUAAAGCUCUUAAGAGACACAGCUCCAAGUGUCCUGUAGGUGGCUGUCACCUGGCACCCAAAGGGCUACCAAACCAGAGGGUCUGCUGCGGUAUUUUCAAGGGUACCGUGUUUGAAUGGGUGGGUUCAGUUUGGGGUACACUGCAUGCCAGCAUGUGGGCCUCUGCAUCCCAAAAGGCAAUAGUUCACUGCCUUCUGUCUUUUCUAUUGCAGAAGAGGCUGAUGGGGUUCAGCUCAGCAUUCCUCACUCAUUCUUUCAGAACCCACAGAGACUGUGACAUGUGGGCCCUUACACUAUGUGAUCUCUGUAACUGGCCCUUGGACACCCAUGUGUCUGCAAGACCCUGCAGGGGUCAGGAGAGAACCCUCCUGGGCAAAGGUAGCUGGGAACCCUUAGUUCUCCCCUAACCUCCAACCCUGCUUCAGAGCAUGGCAGCCGGACAGGUGGCUUGUAUCACAGAACUUAGCAGGCUCUUUAGCCUGAUUUUGGUGAGCACAGAAUGACAGUGGAAGCUAGGUCAUGGAAUUCCUUGGAAGUCCUUUUUUAAAUUUGUUUUGAAGAGACAAGCAAAACAAUUUUUGAUUGUUUGGUUUCAUCAGUUUUUAAGGAAGAAAUCGGAUGUACUUUCAAGAUUCAAGCUGUUAACUAUGCCUUCCUUACGGCGGGGGUGGGGGGGCUUUGAUGAUAAAAGGUGAUGGUUUAAGAUAGCCCAUGAAUGAUUUUUUUUUUUAAUGGGGUUGGUGAGAUGGCUCAGCAGGUAAAGGCGCUUGCUGCCUAGACUGAUGACACAAGGUCAAUCCCUAGAACCCACAUAGUGGAAGGAGAAGAGUUUCACAAGUUGUUUUCUGAUCUCCACGUGUCCUCCCACACCGCACACACAGAUACACCAUAAAUGUCAUAAUUUAAAAAAAAAAAUAUUCUGAGCAGCCAAUUAUUUAGAAGACAACCAGAACACAGUGCAGUUUUAGAAGAGGAGGAUCAGGUAGAGUUUAGCCUGAGACUUAGAAGAAUGGCCUCGGUGGAUUUCCUGUGACAGCAGAGAGGCUUGUCUCGACUUCAGUAAUAGAAAACCAGGCAGUUUGAUUAUCUGAUCUGUGAGAAAUGUUAAUGGAAUGCCAGGGCAUUUGUCCUGUUUUAUGUGCAAAUGAAACUCUAAAAAAUAUUAGAAGGGUAUUGCCCUUCUCAGGAGCCUUCCUUACACAUCUCAGAGGGUGAUGAGUGAGGGACCUACCCUGAUGAACUUCAUCAGAUGUGCUGAGAAGGGCAGAUGAAUAGAGCUUGGAAUCGUCGUAUUUCUCAGCUCGUCCUUCAGGAUGCUCUGAGCCUGGAGGAGUGAUUUACUCUCUGGAGCUAGGACUUCUACCAGCAUAGAUCAAGUUUAAUUUGAUGCUCUGUACCAUCAGAAAUAACUAAUAUCUGUGUUCUUUCCUCUCAGAGGGUAAUCAAUUAGAGAUGUGCUAGAAUAUUUCUGGCUUCAAAACAAAAGGAUUCAGAAAUUUAAUAAAAAAAAAACUCAGACCUUCCAUCGAUUCCUUUCAUUAUGUUGAACAUUUCAGAUAGCAAGAUUAGAAUAUAUAAAUAGUAGAUGGUGAGAUUAAAACCAUAAUGUCUAAAAAACUUGCAGGAAAAAAAUGUUUUAAUUUGCUGUGAGUUCAUUUUACAGUGUCCAGUGCCUCAUCAAAAUGCUGCAUAAUUACAAGCAAAAACCCGGGUAGCUCUCCACAGACAGGACUUAAGUGCUAAGCUCUGUCUGCCAAUUAAUGGGGAGUCCUAAGACAGUCAUGAUUUUUUUUUAAAGAGCCUCCUUUAAUUGACAGUCUUCAAACAUGGGUCUUCAUGUCCUCCUUAAUGGCACUGUAGAGACAGCCUGCUGCUUUCCUCAGGCCACUUCUUGAUUCAGGAACUUGGCAGUGUUUAAAGGCAGGUUGUGUAGACAGUCCAUUGGAGUGAAUCAUCUUUACACAGAACUGACAUUGUCAAGGAGGCUCCAGAGCAUCUAAAACCAAGUUGUGUGUUUCAUCUGCCACUCCACAAAGCAGGUCUUGAGUCACUUGCUCAGCCAGGCUGGAGACCACCCCAUGCUCACCUGCUCCAGACCAUUGGGAGACCCUGCCCACAGUACUGUUUGCUUUGAGGACUAGUCCUCACAUUGUUUGACCAUCUUUAUCACUUGGCAUUUCUAUUUAAAUUAUCCAUUCACCCCUUGGAAAAGCUUGGAAGCAAGGCUGGAACUUUUUUCUUCCCAUCCCUGUUUGAAGUUACUAUGUGGUGCAUGACACUUUCUCAACUUGGGUCAUGAUGUCAGAGGGACCAGUCAGAUUGGUGGGGGAGGAUGAAUGGCAGUUGAUCUGGGCUCUAUUUUUAAACCAUUUGUUGUGUUCUGUAGACAGAGCUUUAUUACCCCGAGGAGGAUCUUUUUUAUUUUUUUUUUUAAACGCCCCACUCAGUCUUUCCAUCAUUUUACAUCAUGAGUCACUCACACCAUCAUCAAUCACUGCUCUGACCUUCAGAAAUUAUGGCCUGCCUUUUAUAUGGUUGACACUGAAUUCUUGCCUUACUCUUGAUUUUCUGUGGGCUCUCCCUCAGGCACCCUGCCCCAGCCAUCUCAGCACACAUGACCUGCCCUUCCCUGGGGGAUAAAGACCCCCCCCCCAGGACUUCCAGAAGGGCAGCAGGCAGCAUGAGCCCACAAGGCAGACACAACUGAGUGACAGAAAGUGUUCUGUCCCAGGGGAUAGGACAGUGGGCUGAUGUAUCAGAACCCCACGAAGUGGGGAGGAGAGCACUUGUUGAGUUUCAAAGUCCAAACAAAACGUCUAAACAGGAAAGAAAACCUAAGCCCUAGUACCAGCAAUCCUUUUUACUCCUGAGAGUGCCAUCACUUUAUCAAGAUCCAGUGCAAGGAGUAAGCGCCUUGUGCCUUUUUUUAAAUAGCAUCUGUAUGAAAAUUGAGUUGUUCCUGGUUUCCCAAGCCUGGUAGCACUCUAAACAACCUGAACUGAAAGCCGAUGAUGGACUGCCUGGUUACCUGGAACACAAUACUGGAAUGAGGGUUUGCCAAGCCUGUAUGGGUGUUUGAUGACCAUUUUUGCAGUCUGACCUUGGGCUGGACCUAAGUCUAUGUAAACUGUAUGAUGUCUGUUUUGUUUGUAAACACUGAAAAAAGGACACUCCGCCUUUUGCUUUUUGUUGUAAGAUUUUUCUUUUGUGUACUUCGGUUUGCAGAUGGUAAAUCUGGAAUACUUUGAAACAGUGUUUCUUCAGCUUGACUUCUAUGUAUGCUUUUCUAGAGUAUGGCAUGCUCCAUCACUAUAAAAUUUGUGUCAAGAGAGGUGUAAACAUUUUGUUAAUAAAAUGCUAUGUUUACAGAUGCA